UUGAUAGAAACGAAUCAAGUCUAUCGGGAUACAUCAAACUGUUUGCAGCAUUUGCAAGUUCGGUCACACUGGCACAAACGGCGCAAUUAGAGGAAAAUUGUGAAAAUAUCUGUAAUGUGUUAAAACGCCCAUCGAAGACCGCACAAUUGUUGCAGAUACGGCGCGCAAGCAGCACAAUGAAUGAAUAAACCGGAAACUGUCGCAAGACCCGACUUUGUGCCAAAAUAAUCAAGUAGGAUCCGACAGAACAUCGAGGAGGAGGAGGAGGAGGAGCCAGCCAAUACUACAUAUUACAUCUAUAACCAAAAAAAACUACUUGCAACUGCUGCUGAUUUUUUGUUGCUGUCAUAGUUGUUGUUGGUGUUGUUGUUAUCCUUGGUAUCCUUUUUUUGUGGAACGUUUGUGCAGCAGCAGCUCUGAAUGUCUUUAUGCUUUAAUCAUGGUGUAUUUCGCCACCAACAACAACAACACCGACACUAUACGCUGCUAUAUUAGAAUCUUUCUGAUAACGAACCAUGACAGAAGGACAUGAAAGCGACUUCUUAGUUACAGUACGCGCACAGGUAAUGACCAGAGACGAGAGCACCGAGGGCUGGCUUCCGCUGGCCGGGGGUGGUCUGGCCAACGUUUCCAUCCGGAAGCGGGCUAGGCUAUCCCCACUGGCAUCGGGUCAUGACUACAUCAUCUAUGGACAAAGGAUAUCCGAUCAGAGCGUAAUCUUGAGCUGUGUGAUCAAUCGUGAUCUGAAGUAUUACAAAGUAAUGCCCACAUUUCAUCAUUGGCGCGCAGGGAAGCAGCGGAACGGGCUCACUUUUCAAACGGCCGCCGACGCGCGAGCCUUCGACAAGGGUGUCCUGCGCGCCUACAACGAGCUGAUCGAUGGACUUGCCAAAUCGAAUCCUACCAUUAUAUGCCCCCCGCUGACCAAAUAUGAUUCGGUUGGCGAAGAUGAUGUAUUCAUGACCCUGGACUUACCUGUGGAGAGCGAGAGUUUACAAAAAAUCCAUUCAAGCCCCGAGGGCAGCGAGAAAAGUCACAAGAGCGUCAGCGACCGUCACAGCAACUCCGACUCGGAGAAGCUGCCCGCGCCGCCCAUUCACUACAUAUCCACGGACAAAACAUCGGCCACCACAACGCCACCAGACGCCCCGCCCGCAUCGGCAGCUCCCUCGCCAGCGGCCGCCGCCCAAAUCGCGGCCAGUGAGAACUACUCGUACGUAACAUUGACAGCAGUCCAUCAUGACUACAACUAUCCGGUGGUGGAUCAGCCAGUGGGGGCGCAGGUACUCAACGCUCGACGGGAAUCUAUCAGCGCACUGAAGAAACGAAACGCUUUGGAGGCGGCCCAGGCCAUGGCAGCAGCACAGACGGUGGCGGGCGGCGGAACUGGAGCCGGUGGCGUUGGCAGCGGCGGAAAACCUUUGCACAAGCCGAACGUAUCGGACAUCCUGAAGAAGGAGACGCGCCUGCGUUGCCGCUACUGCCACGAGCUGUACAGCGAGGACUUUAAUCGGCGCGGUGCCUGCGAAUACGCUCCGGAUCCAUUCCGCAGCGGCUAUGAGUGCGUCUCGGGGAUGGGCUGCGCCCGCUGCAUGAUCUAUCACUGUAUGAGCGAUGCCGAGGGCGAGACGGCCCAGCAUCCGUGCGAUUGCAGUGCCAGUGAGGCCGGCUGCAGCAAGCGCUGGCUGGGCCUGGCCCUCCUCUCGCUGUUCGUGCCCUGCCUGUGGUGCUAUCCGCCGCUCCGCGCCUGCCACUGGGCGGGCAUCCACUGCGGACUCUGCGGCGGGCAGCACAAGCCGCAUGUCUGACAUUUGGAGGCCCGCUUGCAAGGACAGCACGAUGACGACCCCAGGCCCAGAAGCGAAUUCCAAUACUACCACCACCAACACCAGCAGCAACAACACCAUGACCAGAGCAUAAACAGCGCCAAGCGUCCACUGUGGGGAUCCAAGCAGAAGCAAACCCAGCAUCUGCCGUCCCAGUCUCAGUCUCAGCGCCAUUUCUACAACUGGGAGCUGUCGCACAGCUGGGGCGCUCCGCAGGAGCAAAUUCCUCCGUAUUUAAUGCAACCGACUGGGCGAAAGGCCGCCCAGAACGACUACGGACGCUUGCUGUUCUAGGGUUUGUGAAAUGUGACUGUUUUGGGGUAUAUUUUUGCGGACCGGUUCCUUGGCUGAGUUUCUCUCUUAAACGUAAACUAUUUGUACAAAGAUGUGUGUUUGGAAUUGGAAAUGGAUGAAAGCUAUCGGUUGAUGGCAGACAACCCUUUAUUUCUCGACAAUUAUCUGUUUUUGAAAAAUUCCACAUUUCCAAAACUUUGAAAACAAAGUUUGUAGGCUGAAGAAGAUUCUCGAAUAAUAUUAGCUCAGCAGGGGAAUCGGGUCGUGAAGAUAAAGACUCCGAUUCGCUUUUAUUAUAAUUUCGGUAUACUCCAUUUGAAUUGCCAUAAUUUAUUGUAAAUACAAAAAGAGCAGGAAGAAUUACGCAUCUAUUUUAUAUAUAUAAUUUAUAAAUUGUAAUUUAUGUUUAGUGCUUUCGCUUAAUUAUAGUUUUGUAAAAACGGGCUAUUUGUUUUUAUCCGUAAAUGUAACAAUUUUUUUGGAAAUCAAUUAUUUUAUAAAAUGUU